CCUGCCGAUCGUUCUGGUACGUGGUGGCUGUACGACAAGCGAGCAGCAGAGAGAGCGAGCACAAGAAAUGUGAAUUCGUGAAGGCAAAUUUCGCACAGUGAACGCAGCGUAGCCCCCGGAGGAAAAAGCACACACGCACACACCGUAGCCGCAGCCGCGUGGAUUCGUCGACCGUCGUUCGUGCCGCAACGACACUACGCAACGGCCGCAAACGUUUGCCGUGCUCUUCCGCUGCUGUGCUGCGAAAAGUUGGUGUUGCAAGGCGCGCCGCAGCAAAGCCAAGGCUGAGAGCAAACCCACGUCGUGAACCGUUAAAAAACACCCGAAAAAAAAGAAACAACCUCAAACCUCUGGAAGAAGGUACUCCCGUGCGCGCGCGUCUUUCGCUCAUCGCGGCAGCAUCCAGCCAUCCGGGCAGGCCUGUAUAGUAAUUGACCUUUUGGGGGAACACAGAACACAGCAGCGCCCGUGUGCGUGUGCAAACCUGUGUGCUGCUGUGGCACCACUGGGCGGUGGUGGUGGUGGUGGGUCGGUCGUUGUAUGCCCCGAGCGCAAAGGCCGGAAGGUGAUGUGUGCGUUUAUGGUUUCGGAUGUGUCGCUGUUGGUAGUCGCUAGACGACGGGCAGCAGCAGCCUCCCUUGACAACGAGCGCCACCGGCGGUAGUGUUUCGGAGUGUUGGUUGGUGCGCCGCUCUAUCCCCGAACCAAAAGGAAACGGUUCUUUUAAGCCGCGUUUCGGAAACUACUGAAAUCGCCUGCACGCAUUCGAGCCGCGACAAAAAAAGGUGAUCCCCGUAAGCGUGCCGUGUGUCUCUACUUGUGUGAAUGUUUUGUGUGUGUGUGUUUGAAUUUGUGAAUUUAAGAAUUUGUGCAAAAAAGAAGCUCUCUUUGAGAUAUUGUGGUUUGUGAGAUAAAUUAGAGAAAAGAAGAAAAUAGCUCCACAGUGCGCGCUUAAAAUUUUCCACUUUUUGCGUGCGUAAGCAAUUGGUAGCGUGUGUGUGUGUGUGUUUGUGUGCGCGCGCGCCAGUGAAAAGGAUUCAACAUGUCGCUGGAUAACCGGAACACCUCGGCCCAGUACAAGCGGGCCGAGCAGCUGAAGCGCUGGGAGGAGUCGGAGAUGAACAAAAAGCUGAGCGGCGCGCCGAAGAGCCCCUCGUCGCGGCGCAUCAAAUUCUCGUCCGGCUGCAUCUUUCUGGCGGCCUGCGUCGCCGGCGACAAGGAGGAGGUGGAGUGGCUGCUCAAGAACGGGGCCGACAUCGAUACGGCCAACGUGGACGGGCUGACCGCGCUGCAUCAGGCGUGCAUCGAUGACAAUCUGGACAUGGUGGAGUUUCUCGUACAGAAAGGUGCCGACGUCAACCGGAAGGACAACGAAGGCUGGACACCAUUGCAUGCCACAGCAUCAUGCGGCUUUCUAAGUAUAGCACGCUAUCUGAUAGAGAACGGUGCCGACCUGGCGUCGAUCAACAGCGAUGGCGAGCUGGCGGUCGAUCUCGCCAACUCGGACGCGAUGGAGGACCUGAUCCAGCACCACCUGGACGAGCAGGGCAUCGACUGCGAGGAGGCGCGCCAGGCGGAGGAGCGCAUCAUGCUGAGCGACGCGACCAAGUGGCUCCGCACGGACAGCCCGGACUGUGAUAAGGCGCACCCGAAGACGGGCGCCACCGCGAUACAUGUCGCCGCCGCCAAGGGCUACAUCGGCGUGCUGAAGCUGCUGCUCGAGGGCCGGGGCGACAUCGACCGGCAGGACGUGGACGGCUGGACGCCGCUGCACGCGGCCGCCUACUGGGGCCAGAAGGAAGCCACACAGAUGCUGCUGAACGCAAGCGCCGACAUCGACGUGCAGAACUACAGCGGCCAGCUGGCGAUCGACAUUGCCCAGGACGAUAUCGUGCCUUUGCUGAAGGAUGCCCGCAAGAACGGGAAGCGCACGAAGCGCAGACCACCUAGUCACGGAAAUAGGAUUACGGACAACUUCGAAAAUAGUACGGAAACGCCGACCAAGGUGAUUCGGGUCGAGGUGAAACCGAUUGACAGCAAUAAGGAGAAGGAAGCUGGUGGAUCCGUCGCCGUCGACUACGGCGACGACGACGAUGGCGGGGAAACUGUUGCCGAAGCGCUUCCGGAAUCCCCGCAAGUUGCAGGAGACCAAGAAGAAGAAGAAGCAGCAGAUGAAAAAGAUGAAGAGGAGGAUGAGGAGACGAUGGAUGAUACGGUAGACGAGGCGCUGGAAGAGGAAGAGGAGGCAGAGGAGGAGGAAGUGGAAGAGGAAGAGGAAGAAGAGGAGGAAGACGCAGAGGAAGAAGAGGAGCAGCAAGAGCACGUUAGUGCGCAAGCGAGCCGUCCAGGCGAGGACGUAACCGAUUCGUCCAUCGGUAGCGUGCCGUACCAGCAAGUUCUUCCUUCACCCGCACAAAUCAACCAAACAAAGGAUGCCGAAAGCGAGGAAGAGGAGGAGGAGGAGGAAGAAGAGGAAAAUGGCAGCGUAUCGUCGGAACCGUACUCCUCCUCGAAUCCGUCCGCCGAUAGUAGUAUGACCGAGUCCGAAACAGACGAACUGUUGCCACGGCCCGUUCCAAUCAUCUCGCGACCGACGCCGGUUCCACUGACCACACAAAUUGUAGCGCCGAAGCCACGUGUGACGGAGCCGCCGGUACCGUCGAACAAUGCUGCACCAGCGAUCGCUAACAAUCCAGCGGCCCCACCAACGGCACCGUGGCGCCGUGCGCGUGCCGUACCGACGCCUGUGCCGCGCCAGUUCUACGAGGAAGCACAGCAACCGCCGGCCGAUGAUGUCGUCGACUACGCUAACCUCGUUUUUACGUCCAAGCGCAACCUAGUUUCGGAAAAGGAAAAUAAACCAACCGAACCGGAUGUGAUACUGAGGAGAACGCAGAGCUUCGAGAGUGACGAAAAGUUCUACCAGCGGUAUGCCGAGCUGCGAGCACGAAUACAGGCUAACUCAUGCCCCCACACGAUCCUACCAUCGACGCCUAUUAACACUAAAACCAGUACCGCCUCGAACAACAACAACAACAACAGCAGCAACAACAACAACAAUAACAAUAGUACUACCACUACUACUACGGCGACGACGCCUGCAUCGAACAUUUCGUCGUACCUGGUGCAGCGGUCCGCCUCACUAAAGGAUCAUCGGACACUAAGGAAAACAACAAGCAAUUUGGUCCUGGGAAGCACGACCACAUCACCGUCAUCGGCGACCGGACCGGCGUCCGGCGCAACCACCAACCUCGUGCCUCCAGCAGCAACCGGUACGGGUGCAGCGAACAACACAACGGGCAGCACCACGGGAAGCUCCGGUGCCGUCUCGCCACCGACCAGUCCGUCCGGAACGCCGACGACAACGCCCACUGCCGGACAGAUCAGGAGAUCAUUUGUACCACCGACGCGGGACGAAGAGAGCGAAACGCAACGCAAGGCCCAUGCCAAGCGCGUCCGGGAGACGCGCCGCUCGACCCAGGGCGUCACGCUGGACGAGAUCAAGAGUGCCGAGCAGCUGGUCAAGAAGAAGAACGCUACCGGAACGGGCAACGAAAACGACACAAUGGCACCCGCGACUGCGACAGCAACGACAACAACCACGACAACGCCAUCAUCACCAUCCUCAUUAUCAUCCACUGCAUCACCCUCAUUUACCAACGAUCGUGUGCCGGCGGUCGGCAGCACUGGCGACCAGCAGCAGCAAGGCAGCAAUCACGUAACGGAAGGGUCCGUAGCACAUGAUGCGACCGGCGGCAGCGGUGGUGGUGGGUCGACGAAGGUGGAAGAAAUUGCCGUCUCGGCUAGUUUCACACUAGCCGCACCGGGAUCGUCACUCGACGACGGUGGCGACGGUGGCGGAGGUGGUGGAGGAGGAGGAGGCCACCGAAGGCACCGCCGCAGUGUGGCCGGCAUGGACGACGAGGAGGAGGAUGACAGCAAGGUGACGGUAUCGUAUACCAUCAGUGCCCCGGUACGGCAGAGCUCGCCCAGCCCGAGGGCGGUGGCGUCGGCGGCGGCAGUGAGCAACUCCAAAGAAAGUGCCGAUCCACUGGAUGGAACCGGCGCUGGCGAUGUUCCUGCCGUAACGGCAACGUUCCACGUGCCAGCAGCCGCGAGCGAGCCGAUGGUGGCGACCUCGGCCACCAUCCGAACGUCGUCCGGCGCAGCGGGUGGUGUCGUGAGUAAUAGUGAUAGUAAUACCACCACCACCACCACCACCAACAACACCUCCAACAGCAACAACAACAACACCAGUGCAUCCUCUAAUACCAACCACAACACAGCCGCCACCACCACCACCACCACCUACACUAAACGUUCACUGUUCGAUAUCGAUAACGCGAACUCACUAACACUGGCCGAGAAGCUGCGCCACGAGGCAAACAAGUACGCGAUCGCGGCCGUGGCGGACGGCGACCUGGACAGCCACCUGGUGGCCCGGGUCCCCGCCAGCAACAGUGGCACUACUAACAGUGGUGGCGGCGGCGGCGAAAGCAACAGCACCAGCACGAACGCACCUGCGGACAAUAGUGCAGCGAGUGCUGGUGCCGCCGUGCCGCCAUCGCCAACACUGCGGAAGGCGGAUCCGGCCACAACGACCACCACCGGUGUCACGGCCGAACGAAGGCCCUCGUGGCGGUUGAAGGUGGACGGUGGCAGCAAGUUCAAACUGGAAGAUGCGUCCACACCGAAUGCCGCCACACAGUCAUCGUCGGUAGCGAGCGGCGGUUCCGUGUACGAACCGUCCGGCCCGGCUAAUCAGGCACCAGAGCACGGUUUGACUACUACUAAGCUCACCUCCUCGUCGGCCCUGGCCCAACGAAGGGCGCAGCAGCAGAAUGGUGACAGCAGCAGUACCGCCACCACCGGGACGACCUCCUCCAGUGUUGCCAGCUCGCGGCCCCUAUCGGCACCGGCGUCCGGGCUUGCCGCCGGCGAGCAGUACAACCGUGUGCCGGGCAGCGCCGCCAGUGCGGCCGGUGAGCAGCAGCAGACCGGUGCUGCCGCCACGGACCCCAACAGUCCGCUGCACCAUCUCCGGCGGCCACCGAAGUCGGCGGGCGAAGAGAACAAGGAGAACGACAAGGAGAACGAUAGCCGCAGCACGGCCCAGGCCACGCAGGCGGUCAUACAGCGGCGCCGGCGUCAGAAGCGUCGUUCGACCGGCGUCGUUUCCGUCGGCAUGGAGGAUCUUGAUCCCGAUCGGCAAGAUUCUCCGGUCGACGGUGAUGAAAAAGAGACUGGCUCGGAACGGGGUCGCUCGCGCGUCGGCUCGACGGCCUCCGAGCUGGACACGGCAAACCAGCCGCAGGACUCCACACGAGAAAAUGGCGGCGACUGCAUCGAUUACAAAGCUCUCUACGAACAGGAAAAGGCCGAUAACGAUAAGCUUAAGAUGGCUCUACGGAAGAAAGAUGAGGAGGUGGUAACGCUAAAGGCCGCGCUUGAUCGAUUUACUACAGCGACCACCAAAAACAACUCACUGUCGGAGCUGGAGAAACGCGAACGGCGCGCCAUGGAGCGGAAGAUGUCCGAGAUGGAGGAAGAGUUGAAGCUACUGGAAGCGCUUCGUACGGAAAACCAACGACUUAAGGAUGAAAAUGGUGCCCUUAUUCGUGUGAUCAGCAAGCUGAGUAGAUAAUGUGUCUGCGUGCGUACUCGGGCAAGCGUGUCGAAAUGCGCAACAGAACCUGUGGAACGUGCGUGCAGCCAGACACUUUUCCAUCACACUAUCAUCAUCGUCAUCAUCAUAAUCCCUGUUAAUCGACGAGUCAAUGUGUUUCUCCACGAAGGAGAGAGAGAGAGAGCGAGCGAGAAAGUGGGAUAGAAAAGACGGAUCUAGAGCAAGCAGUAUCCUACAUGCCUUCAAUUUUAAACAUACAUUUCUGUCCACCGAACCGAAUUACAUGUAUAGAAUGCGUUAUUUGUUAUGCGCGAGCCUCACUUGAAAGGAUCGAACUCGAUCGCUAAUGCGUACGGAUUAUCUGGAAUAAUUGGGCUACACAGCCAAGCAUGAGUGUGCGUGUGUGUUGUGUGAUAGUUUGAUUGGAUGCUGAUCUUUAACUCUCUCUCUCUCUCUCUCUCUCUCUCUCUCCCUUCUGGCCUAUAAUUCAUAAAAAAACAUCAUCUUCCUUUUCCGCUUCCCUCCUCCCACAUGUAACGUAAGGUACAUUGAUUUUUGUUUUCAUUGGAAUGAAUUGCGCAUAUUACUGCAAGGCUGUUAACUAGUGCUUAGCGAAGAAAAAAAAAAACACCCAAACACAUAGGCUUUCCUUGAACCCUUCCUCCUGUGUUAGAUAAACGAUAGUUAGGAAGCAAAGCAACUACAUCAACAACAAAAAGAGCGCAAGACAGUGGUUGUUACAGAUGCAAAAGAUUUCAAGCUUACGGGGAAACAGCACCAUGUAGAAAAAAAAGCCACUAAGAGACUGGUGGAAGAUAGAGCUGGCGGAAAGAUAUUCUGAUAUCGCCAUGUUAGCUGCCGUGGCUGAUAGCUGGCAUCGAAAUAGGGAAAGACGCGCUUGUAGUCCGAUAUACCCGCGAGUCAACAUUCUUCCUCCUUAUCUGCCAACCAAUUGCUCUCCUCUUUAAAUUCCUCUUUUUAUCUAAACGAUCGAUCGACUGUGUACAACUUUGAAUAUGCUUUUAUUUGUUGUUUAUCCCAAAUUGAUCUUGCUUAGAGAUCUUAUAUUUUACAAUCCAUCUCUCCUCCUCUCUUCUUGUAUGCGUACACAAUCACACACGCUUUUAAUUACCGGACGUAAAGGAAAGGAAUUAAGUUAGUUUUCAGCAACAAACACGACAGAGGAGAGACAUUGCCAGAAAAUCGAGUUUUUUUUGCCAGUAGGCGACAAUACGCUCCGUCGGCUCCGCAGGAGAUCAUUGCUUAUCUAUUAAUUUUGCUAUAAGCGCACACGCAGUAGACCAAAUUCUCUGGUGUAGGGCACAACGUUCGCGAAAGGGGUAUCCCUGCUACGGCACACACGCACUAGCGGGCACACGGGCAAACCGCAGCGCUGCAGUGGCCUCUUUAUUUAGCGUUUUUUUGGAAUGGAUGUGUAUGAUGGGUCGAGCGAGAAGGCAAGAUGAUGAUGAUGAUGAUGAUGUUAGGAAGAAUUUGUUUGAAUAUAUGAUAUUUUUUUUGUGUCGUUAGUAGAAAUAAAAAGUGAAGGUAAAAUCACACCGUUGACCCAUUUUGGUGGAGCCUAGGCAUUACAGGGAUGAUGUGUUGUGAGCAGGGAAGCAGCAA